AUGUCUAUUAAUUUAAUACCAAAUCUUUUUAAAAAUUCAAGAAUAUCAAUUGGAAAACAACAAUUUUAUAAUGCAACAAAGAAUAGUAACAACAAUAGUAAAAGAAAAAAUGCUAGUGUAGCAGUAAUCUUAAGAGUUGAUUCAAAAUAUAACGAUAUUUUUAAUCAUUGUUCAUUUAAAUGUAUUUGCAAUAGUAAAAGAAAUGAUCAUAAAGAAAAAUGUAUAAAUACUUUUAUUCAAUCACUUAUUAAUCAUAAAGAUCAAAGUAAUAAUAAUAAUAAUAACAAUAGUUUGUUAUCAAAGAAUGAUAAUUAUAUACCAUUAGAAUUAUUAUAUUUAAAAAGGUUUAGUAGAAAUGGUAAUAAUGGUGAAGUUUGUUUCCCAGGUGGUAAAAUUGAAUUGAAUGAAACUGAACAAGAAGCUGCAGAAAGAGAAACAUUAGAAGAGGUUUCAAUCGAUUUAAAAGUAACAAAUAAUUUCACAUUAAUAGGUCAAUUAGAUGACAAAUUUACAUAUGAUCAAAUUGGUGUACAUUCAUUCAUCUAUUUACAACUUUGUAAAGAGACUCCUAAAAUUAUAUUAUCACCAAAUGAAUUGGUUGAUUAUGGUUGGGUAAAUUUAGAUUACAUUUUAAAUAGUAGAGAAAGUGAAAAUAAAAAUAAAAAUAAAAAUAAAAAUAAAAAUAAAAAUAGUGAUGCUAUGAAUAAAAUUCAAUUUACAACAGUAUCAGAGAUUACAAUUUCAAAGAGUUUAAAAUCAAAUUAUUUAUUAAGAAAGAUUUGUGAUCAUUUAUAUGUACCUUAUUUAAUGUUACCAAUUGUAUCAAAUUAUCAAUUUAGAUUAUGGGGUUUAACUUUAGAUAUUACCUCUGACCUUUUAAAAAGGUUAACUGGUUCAUCACCAAUACCAAGUGCCAGAGCUAUAAAUAAUUCUUUACUAUUAUAUAUAACUAGAAACCCAUAUAAAUCAUUAUUCAUUUUCUCAACUACAUUUUUAUCAGUUUUAAUUUCAACUUUACUUUAUUUAAAAUAA